UUUCCAAAUGACAUUUGUCAUCCACCAAGAAAAUUACACAAACCAAAAACUUAAUUUUCCACAAUAUCCAGUAAAAAAAUUAAUUUAAUUUGUAACUAAUUGUGAAAUGCUAAACAUGAGGCUAUCGAAACUCGGAUUAAAUCUUCGUGCAAAUGCCUGGAACCGCUCGUUCCAGCUCCCCCAGCGCGCGAUGAGCAUCCCCCCGCGCGACAACGAGUCUCAGCUCCCCGACCUCCGUGAAGUCACGGCCAGCACGCCCAAGCGCUCCAUACCCCCGGCCCCCUACUCCCCCAAGAUCCAGCAGAAGCCAGACCCCAUAGACAAGAAAGCCCAGAAAGCCGUCCCGAUCACCCCGCUUACGGCCACAGCGUCGUCCGGUAACUUUGGACCGCUUCUACCGUCGCCGCCGCCCCUGGGCAUGACUCCGUUAGAACAGGUUGAGCAGCCUCCACCGGUUCCACAUAUUCCGCAGGGUCACCGUCCUACAAUCAAGUUUAGAUCAGUUGCCGGAGCAGACCAACCGAAGACAGAUGUAGAUCCUCUAGCGAAUCCAAAUCCAAAUAUAAUCACUCAAGACUUCGAAGGUGUCGCUUUGACUUUCGAUUACAUCUUUCAAAUGGUUCCAGGUGCUUCCAAAACCAAUAUUAGAACACGACCGAUUCUCCCACGGGAUCUCGAAGCAGAGACAACUGUCAUGUCUCCUGGCAUGGCAGCACCUACCGACACCAGCCCAUUCUCCCGAAUACCUCCUCAGAAAGUACCUCACGAACGAUCCAUGUCCACCUUCGAGUGCUACAGAGUAGAGGGGCCUGUGGAUCUGGAGCCUGUUUUACCUACAGCGGCUACUUACAACCAUAUAGCGGAGCUUGGGGAUCUGUUGCCUGGUAGUAACUGGUCGGAGGGGCUGGCGUCGGUGAUCUUGCCUACUGAAGUGCGCGCGAAAGAUCCUUGUGCGAAGCCGGUGCAAGAUCCUUGUGCGAAGAAAGACCCUUGUGGGAAGUCUGCGAAGCCUCCGCAGGCGAGCGCGCCGGCCAAGGCAGCCGCGGGGGGAGAGGCGAAGGCCGCAGCUCCGAGCAAAGGGCCACCGAAAGCUGCUGGCGCUGGGGCCACUGGCAGGAUCAUAGCUGUGAUCGGUGCCGUAGUGGAUGUCCAGUUCGACAAGGGGCUCCCGCCAAUUCUAAAUGCUCUUGAAGUACCUGGAAGAACCCCGAAGCUGAUCCUCGAAGUGUCCCAGCACUUGGGGGACAACGCUGUGAGAACCAUCGCCAUGGACGGUACAGAGGGUCUGGUCCGUGGACAGGAGAUUAUAGACACGGGCGCGCCUAUCACCAUCCCUGUGGGUGCUCCAACUCUUGGGCGGAUCAUAAAUGUCAUUGGAGAACCUAUUGAUGAGCGAGGCCCCAUCGAAACGGAUGUGUUUGCUCCCAUACACGCUGACGCUCCGCCCUUCGUGGAGAUGUCAGUGGAACAGGAGAUUCUGGCCACCGGCAUUAAGGUCGUCGACCUGCUGGCGCCUUAUGUCAAAGGUGGAAAAAUCGGACUUUUCGGCGGCGCCGGCGUCGGAAAAACUGUGCUCAUCAUGGAACUGAUCAACAACGUUGCCAAGGCGCAUGGUGGCUUCUCCGUGUUCGCUGGCGUGGGAGAGCGCACACGAGAGGGCAAUGACCUCUACAACGAGAUGAAAGUGGGCGGGGUCAUCAAGGAAGACUACAAGUCCUCGAAGGUGGCGCUGGUGUACGGACAGAUGAAUGAGCCGCCGGGCGCUAGGGCGCGCGUCGCGCUGACUGGACUGACGCUUGCCGAACAUUUCCGUGACAAAGAGGGACAGGACGUGUUGCUGUUCAUUGACAACAUCUUCCGUUUCACUCAGGCUGGCUCUGAGGUAUCGGCUCUCUUGGGCCGUAUUCCAUCAGCUGUGGGGUACCAGCCAACUCUGGCUACUGACAUGGGUACCAUGCAGGAGCGCAUCACCACGACCAAGGCUGGCUCCAUCACUAGCGUGCAGGCUGUGUACGUGCCAGCGGACGACCUGACCGACCCCGCCCCAGCGACCACCUUCGCCCAUUUGGACGCCACGACGGUGCUCUCUCGCGCCAUCGCUGAGCUGGGCGUGUAUCCCGCCGUCGACCCGUUAGAUUCCACCUCGAGAGUCAUGGAUCCAAACAUCAUUGGGCCGGAGCAUUAUGGAGUGGCGCGUGGCGUGCAGAAGAUCUUACAGGACUACAAGUCCCUGCAAGAUAUCAUCGCUAUCCUGGGCAUGGAUGAAUUGUCUGAAGACGACAAGCUCACUGUGGCACGCGCGCGCAAGAUCCAGCGAUUCCUGUCCCAGCCUUUCCAGGUGGCUGAGGUGUUCACGGGGCACAUUGGCAAGCUGGUGAAGCUUGAAGAGACGAUCAAAGGCUUUCAGAGGAUCCUGGGAGGAGAGUUGGACCACAUCCCAGAGGCGGCGUUUUAUAUGGUCGGCACCAUCGAAGACGUCAUCGCAAAGUCGCAAGAGCUCGCCAAGAACAUCUAGCCGACAGAUGGCGCUGUUCAUAUAGUUUGUAAGAUAGGUUACGCUGGUCCAUUUUUUUUUCUCUUUCCACAAAGUUUUUUCUAUUCGAUUGGAUUUAAAAUGUAAAUACAAAAUUUCAGCGUGAUAAGUCUUAAUGGAACAAGAGGAAACUUGUGGAGUGAGAAAAAAUCCUUUUUUUUUUUAUACAUUUGUGGGCCACCCUAAUUUAGGUCCUGUACGUCUGGCGAGUGCUCUAUAGUGUCUAUGGAAAUGUUGCAACGGUUUAAGGCACUGGGGGUUACCAUGCAGUACUAAAGCUGUUCAGCUUAGGUCGAAAGGGACACAGCUAUAGCAGUUACAUAGCUCUGUCCUCUCUCUCAACCUAAA